GGCACUCUUGCUUGGUUCACGGAGGUAAAUCAUAGCGUAAUAAGUUUUCGGGUCCCGCGGGAGGCGCUCAGUGACAGUCGAAGACCUCCAGAUAAGACGGUGUCUCUUGGACUGGGAAGCCCAAGAUGCCAAAAGAUAAUCCCUUCAGCGAUAAUCCCUUUAACAAAUCAGAAGCGGAGAAAGUGCCUGCAGCUGCAGACUACGAUCCCUACCAAACGGCUGCCAGCGCGUGGGGUUCCAACGGACAUACGGAAAGCACGAGCACGGCAUGGGGUGCAACAGGCAACAAGUCCUAUGACACCUCACCUCCUGUCAUCAGCAUAGAUCGCGCUGAUGAGGGCAAUUAUGCGCGCCGAGCAGAGCAAUUAGACCUCAAGGAGAAGGAGCUGCGCGCGAAGGAGGCGGAGCUGCGCAAGAUGGAAGAGGGCCUGCGCGCGACUGGAGCCCUCAGGCCUGAGAAGAACUGGCCGAAGUGCUGCCCCUUCGUCCAUCAUGACAUCGCUGGAGAGAUCCCAGCUUCGGAACGGGGGAUGGUGAGGAGCUGCUACUUUGCCUUCCUGGGCUUCAUCGUGGCGGUGCUGUACAAUCUCUUUGGGUCGCUCGUGGCGCUGUGCGCGAUGGGCCAGGGCAGCGGGCGGCUGCCGGCCUUCUUCCUGGCGGCCGUCUACGUCUCCGCUGGCGUUCCUGGAGCCUGGAUCCUCUGGUACAUGCGGGUGUAUAACGCGGCGAUCAAGGACCGCGCGGUCACGUACGCGAUCUUCUUCGUGUUCUUCUGCGUGCACAUCAUCUUCUGCGUCUGGUCCGCCGUGUCCCCGCCGCUGCCCUUCUCCAACGACUGGAGCCACACCGGCUUCAUCUGCGGCAUAAAGGCCUUUGGCAGCAACACAUUCACCGGCAUCGUCUAUGUCGUCGGCGCAUCCCUGUGGACCCUCGAGACCCUCUGGUCCAUCUGGUGCCUCAAAGUGGUCUACAGCGCCUUCAGGGGCAACGGUGGCGAGCGCCGGUUGAAGCAGGAAGUGGCUGGUGCUGUGGCCACCCAGGCUGCCAGAGGCGCCACAGCCCGCGCCUGAACUCAAGCGACUGGCAGAUUCUCAUUCAUGAUGCAGAGGUGGCAAAGGGCUCUCUGAUGGCCCCUGCUGCCGCUGGUGCAGUUGCGUAAAUGAUUGGAGAAAUGGGUAGCCAUAAAGGGCUUUGGGUAGCUAAAGCUCGUUCUGGGAUGUUCUGCAUGCUCUUGUGCGGACUGCUCUGUGUAUUGGUUGGAUGCCAUUUCCACAAACGCGGGAAGCUUUCUGAGCAGUGAUGACUAGGGUAAUCUGCCAAAUGGUUCUGUGUCAAAGCUGUAAUGUCCCUCAGCUUAUC